CCUUUAAGGCUGCGGCCCGGAGCACACUGACGUCAGCGGGGCGGGCGCACCGGGACGCCGCAGCCCCGCGGCCCCCAGCUCCGCCGUGCGCUCCCGAUGCCCGUCCCCAGCCAUCACCAUGGCCGAGGGCAAGAUCGCGGGGCUGUACGACCUGGAGCGCACGCUGGGCAAGGGGCACUUUGCCGUGGUGAAGCUGGCGAGACACGUCUUCACCGGGCAGCGCGUGGCCGUCAAGGUGAUCGAUAAGAGCAAACUGGCCGGCGAGGCGGCGGGGCAGCUGCUGCAGGAGGUGCGCUGCAUGAAGCUGGUGCAGCACCCCAACGUGGUGCGUCUCUACGAGGUGAUCGACACCCACGCCAAGCUCUACCUCAUCCUGGAGCUGGGUGACGGCGGGGACAUGUUCGACCACAUCAUGAGGCACGAGGGCGGCCUGGCCGAGCCCCGCGCCAAGCAUUACUUCGCUCAGAUCGUCCACGCCAUCUCCUACUGCCACAAGCUGCACGUGGUGCACAGGGACCUCAAGCCCGAGAACGUGGUGUUCUUCCAGGAGCAGGGGCUGGUCAAGCUGACGGACUUUGGCUUCAGCAACCGCUUCCAGCCCGGCAAGAUGCUGACCACCAGCUGCGGCUCCUUGGCGUAUUCAGCACCAGAGAUCCUGCUUGGGGACGAGUACGAUGCUCCGGCUGUGGACAUCUGGAGCCUGGGGGUCAUCCUGUACAUGCUGGUGUGCGGGCAGCCCCCCUUCCAGGAGGCCAACGACAGCGAGACGCUCACCAUGAUCAUGGACUGCCGCUACACGGUGCCGCCACACGUCUCCGCGCAGUGCUCAGACCUCAUCUCCAGGAUGCUGCAGCGGGACCCCCGGCAGCGAGCGUCCCUGGAGCAGAUCGAGGCCCACGCGUGGCUGCAGGGGGUGGAUCCGUCCCCCGCCAGCCGCUGUUUGCUGCCCCUCACCUCGCACAAACGGGUGUCCCAGGAGGAGCACGAGAUCAUCAUCCAGGCCAUGAGCUGCGGGCACAUCGCAGACCGGGACACCAUCCAGGAGGCGCUGGAGGCCGAUCGCUACAACCACAUCACGGCCACCUACUUCCUGCUGGCCGAGAGGAUGCUGCGGGAGAAGCAGGAGGCGCAGAGCCGCCUCCAGGAGCUGGCCCGGCAGACACACGGCAGGACCGGCCCGUCGGACGCGCUCAGCGCUGGGGUCCGUCAGCCCGCAGCUCUGGGCCCUGGCAGCUCCCAGCCCAGCACUGGGGAUGGCGGCCGUGCCCGUGUGACCCCGCGUGUGCUGCUGAAGGCCCCCACCAUCGACACGGCCAUCACCAAGAGCAGCCCGGCCCUGCAGCAGAUCUGCGAGGAGGAGGAGGAGGAGGAAGAGGAGGAGUGCAGGCCCGGAGCCGUGGAGAGGAAGAGCAGCUCCCUGAACCAGGAGCAGAUGAGGGAUUUCCUCCGAGCCGGGGCCCGGCGGGGGCCGCACCGGGGGGAGCCGGGGGGGUGGGCGGGGGGACGGGGGGGCGGCGGAGCACGAGGAGCCGCGGGGCUGCGGGGGGACGGGACGGGGAGAGCGGGGGAACCGGGGGGAAGCGGGGGAACGGGGCACACGGCGAACAGAGAACAGGGGAAGGAAAGGGCGGGGGAGCAGAGCGGGGGAGCGGGGGAAAGCGACGGGGAGAACGUGAUAAAGGCGGACCCGGGUAAAGGCAAGAGCGGCCUGAGGGAGCGGCUGCUGCAGAUCCCGCUGUGCGAGAAAGCGUUGGCCUUCAAGAUCCGCCCCGGGCCCAAGGACGGUCUGCUGCCCAUCGGCCAGUUCAGCUGCUGCCACGUCAUUUAACGCACGGACGGUGUUUGUCACUGCCAGGAACUGACUUUUAUAAAUAGUCUGUUUUAAUGGACCGACACGGACGGGCCGCAGCCCCCGGGGCCACCACGCGCGUCCCAGCUGCACCGUGACCCUGCCCUGCCCGCACCCCACGCGCUGCCCAUCUAUUACCUGUUAUUUCCUAUCUAUUACCUGUUAUUUCCUAUCUAUUACCUAUUUCCCAUUUAUUACCUCUUUGUUUUCUUGCUGGCAAGAAAUGAAGCUCGAGGCGGGGCCGCCCCACGGAGCGGCCGGGAACGGGAGUGAGUUGGUGGGUGCAAUAAAACGCGCUUUGGUUCCA